AUGAUGCUAGCGGCAGCAGCAACGGCUGCAUCGGCAGCGACAUCCAACAGCAUAAGCAAUGAGCCAAGUUAUAGUAUUAGCAAAAACGGAACCACACCUAUCAAUCAUACCAACGGUCACGUUGCUGAGGUGGGAUCGCUGAACGCAAACGCUACUCUUUCGGUGGCGACUUCGUCACCGCCAGCGUCAACCUCCUCGUCCUGUUCGUUGGUAAGCAGUGCGAAUCAACAAAUUGUUUCACCAUCGCCUGGUAUCAUUUAUGACGAGCUACAGCUAGUACCGCCUAAUCAGGAUGCUCUGCUACCACCACCGGGUAAGUCUAGUUCCAAUCUAGUGGUGAGUGGUGCAGUAACGGCCGCCGGUUCGCUACGAUCCAUACCAACUACAGCCAACACAACGUUGGAACCCGUUAACCCGCUGGUAGUGGCUGUGUCGAUGGGUUCGAAAACGUCAACUUCUGCUGCGGCAGGCAUGAUUCCGCCCGUGUCUGUGCAACAAACGACAAAGCAACAACAGCAGCAAAUGCGCCACGUAAAGUUGAACGUUUCCCAACCACCUUUAAUCGGUGCAGCGACAACCGGGAAAAUAGCACCCGUAAUCGAUGCAGGGGCAUGUUCGCGUAAAGCAACCAGUGGAGCAGGCACUGGUGCUACAAGCGCGAAUCGAACGAUUCUGGCGGCUGGUGGUAAGAUUGACAGUGGUACUCAGAACGACACCACUCAGCAACGGAUCGCAUCAUCAGUUCAUAAUAUUGCGCCAGCGGAAGUAUCGACUCAUAUGCAAACGUCCAACGUGGUAGUAGGUCCUGUGAUUGUGAAUGGAGCAAGCAGCACGAUGGUAGUGAAUGUUGCAAGUAAUAAUAAAAAUAUCGCCGUACCCGGUGGUGAAGAGUCUGGCACAAAUGUUGUCUACUAUCCACCAGCACCACAACCACGUCCAUCGAAGCAACCUACGGAUCUACCGCGGCAUCCACCGCAGGAAUCCCAACAAUCGCAACGGGCGGUGAAACAACUGGCAGAACAAUGUGCAGAAAAGUCCAAUACGGAACGAUUGAAACAGCAGCAGCAGGCAGCGCAUCAGCAGCAAUCGGCAGCAGUUGCCGCAGCAGCCACAGUGGCAAUGCUAACGCAGCAGCAGCAGCAACAACAUUAUCAGCAAACACCCACAGUUGCCGUCACUUCACAGGCGCUUAGCCAACUGUCUACUGCACCAGCGACAAUGCCUACGGCCGGUUUAGGUGCUAAUCAUACACAUGCUCAUCACCACACACACGCCCAUCUGUUUUCGCAUGCACAACAACAACAGCAGCAACAGCAGCAACAACAACAUUCCGUAGUCCCGCUACCAGUCGGUAAUGGUUAUGGUUUAACUACCGGUCCGAUGCAACAACACCGGCAACAGCAGUUUCUGCAACAACGUCAACAGCAACAACCGGGGCCGCCACACACUACCGGUGCUGCACAGUUACCACUGCCGAUUCCUGCUCCAACCGGUACCGGCACAAUGCAGGGUUCGAUGUUGCCCGCCUUGCAUCACCCGGCCCAGUCUGGCCAGCAGCAGCAACCGCAACCACUCUCGGCUGCCCCGACAACGGUGGCUACGGUGGCGGUAAAUGCGCCUGCGGCUGCCACACACCCACAGCAGCAAAGCAUCAAUCUGAACGUCAACCAUCAUGUCAUUUCGACGCCAAUAGUGGUCGACUUCUCGAACAUGACCGUAAACUGUGUGCAGUUGCAGGAGGCGCAACAUCCGAACCCAAUCGCUGCGGCGGCCGCUGCGAUGGCAGCUGGAUAUGGUGCGGCAGCAGCUGCUGCUGCCUCAGUACCGGCCGCUAUCAGUGCGCGACCCGGUGCCAAGUGA